UAUGGUUGCUAUUGGCAAUAUAUUCCAUAACUUGUCCAGAACCUUCACCUUGACAGCAGUCCAUUUAAAACAACUUGAAUGUUUUUUUUCUCUCACUUCCUUAUAUCUAGGUAUGGUGAGUGGUAAGGAAUUCCGGUCGAAUCUGAGAAAACCCCAACCGGGUACCAAAAAAUCAGAAGGAUGUAGGUUUGUACCGGCUUUCACAAUUCAGGCGAUGCAAAAAGGCACUUGCGUAAUACCUCCGCCGAAAUGUAAUGCUUUCAAAGAAAUUCCUCCCAAACCAUCAAAGUUCAGGAUGAAUUACAUGAGAGGAAAUCUACCUAUUGGAAGGGAGGCUAAAGGAGGCAAAGUCUCAUGGAAGGCGGACAUCAGUAAACUGGACUUUCAUUACUAUUUGCCCAUGUUCUUUGAUGGUCUGUGUGAAACCGAAAAUCCCUACAAACUGUUUGCUCAACAAGGAAUCCACGAUUUACUAGCUCAUGGUGGACAAAAAAUUUUUCCUUGCAUUCCUCAGUUGAUAAUUCCAAUCAAAGAUGCAUUGAAAACUAAGAACAAAGAAGUAAUGUGUACCACUCUGAGAGUGCUCCAGCAUUUGGUGAAAUCCGGAGAUAUGAUUGGUGAAGCAUUAGUACCAUAUUACCGACAAGUUUUGCCAGCUUUGAAUUUAUUCAAAGAAAGAAAUGUCAAUUGUGGUGAUGAAAUUGACUAUAGCCAGAUGAGGGGAGACAAUCUUGCUGAUAUUAUAAACGAAACUUUGGAAGUGUUGGAAAGAUUUGGCGGUGAAGAUGCAUUCAUUAACAUCAAAUAUCUGAUACCCACAUAUGAAUCUUGCAUGAUGAAUUGAAUAAAGUACAUAUUUUAGAGCUAAAUUUGUUGGUAACACUAAAAAUUUUGACCAGUAGAUUAAAAAAAAGGAAUGUUUUUCAGUACACAUGGUGCAUUAUAUUUUUGGAAAUAGUUCAUAGGUAUACUAAUAAAAUAACACUUCAAUGGAGAGAAUGUGAAGAAAUACAUAAUUUUGUGAUAUUGAACAAAUUAUAAUGGUUUCAGACCUACAUCAGGGCAUGUAGGACAGCUAGAAACUAAACAGAGAAUUAUUAUUUAUUUAUUUCUAUUAAAAAAAAGGGUUGAACAUCAUAUUCUGAUUGAGUUAAUAGAGAUAAACUGCAAACACUGUUGUCACACAGAAUAUGGCAUCCUGCAAUACAAAAUAAGAGAUUUUUUUUGUUAUAUAAAUAGACUUUUAAUGGAACAUAGACAUCAAAGGCACCUAAUUUUGCCAAGAAUUGUGGUGUAAACUUACGCUCAUGAAAAUUUCACUAGUGAAGCUGUCAACAUCAGAGUCCCAAACACAUCUCACUCCCGAUUUGACACCAGCUCCUUUCAUUUCACCAAUUAUCACCUGGACAAUGUGCUUGUACUUCUUCAUGUGCAGAUCUAUAGAGGAAUCUUCAAAACUGUGUUUUUGAUAGCUGAUUCAUCUCACCUUUUACCUUAUCAUUCACCUCAUUUGCUAUAGUUAUGGUCCAUUUUUUUACAUUCUCUGCAUCAUAGGACUUCCCAGUAAGCAGGCCAGAUACAACAUUACGUAUUAUUUCUUUGACUGGUAUUUCUUUGAACCUUCGAUCAGAACGUAUACUAUGAAUGCAAUUUUAGGAGGAUUUCAAACUUACUUGGCUUCUAGAGAAGGUUUGAUCAGAUAGGAAUUUAUAUCAGAUGCUUCUUUCGAAUUUUCUUUGAGUACUGCAUCAGGAUUAGUAAGUGCACUUACAUUGUCCUCCAUGAUAUAUUAGUACCAUCAAUAUUCAGAAAAGGGAAACAUUUAUUUUACAAAAACAUGAUCUUUUCAAAUGUUUGAAUACUACUAUUUUUU